UUUGGGAAUGGACGUUCCAGCAGUACACAUCCACGGCGGUUUGUUUUUGACGGCCAUGCUUGGUUUUAUUUUUUAGUUGGUUUAUUUAUUUUUGGAGGCGGUGAAGUUAAGUAGUGGUGUUACAGAAAAAGGAAGACAGAGAGAGAAGCGAGGGAUCUGCAAAAGAAGAAGAAGAAGAAUAAGAUAUCAGAAGAGAAGAGAAUAGGUUAGUAAGCAGUGUUUUGGGCUGGGGCUGUGUAUUAGACAUGUAGAGAUAGUUAGAUAGGUUAAAGAGUUGUAAUUUUUUAUUUUAUUUUGUCCCACUCUGUUGGCCAUCCUGGAAUGGAUGUGUCGUGUCACGCUGUCGAUUCGUCGCAGAAGCCUGCUGCACAAUAAUAAUUCUAUGAUUUAAGCGGGGGUGGGGGAGUGAUUUGGAAUGGGGGGGUUUGAACUUUUGGGUAUGUUGUUCUUUUGGGUUUGAGUUUGAGAGAGUGUUUGCGCAGAUGCUAUUUUGAGUGGCUGUCCGACAUUGUUGAUUUUCGGGUCUUUGUGUUUUGUGUGCUAUUGUUGCGGGGUUUUCUGUAUCGUGAGCGCGCAAGUAGCGGGUGUUUCACAGCCUGUUCGAUGCUUUUUAAUACCUGCGAAUUUAGUGCAGGCGGAGGCGGUGACGAAGAUGAUGAUGAGAUGAGCCUGCGUAGGCUGAAUUCAUGAAUACAGUUUACAGAGAUUGAGGGAAGGAGUGUUUUGAAGAUUACCUGAGAAAGAAAGAGCUGUUGUUUAUCAUGAAUCCAGCGGCUGGUCGCGCCUUACCCUCUGGUCAUCUGGACCCAUGUGCCCAGGAGUUUACGCCUGGCCCUUAUUCGUUUCUGCGCGCUCCGCCUCCCCCUCCGCCCCCCCCACCUCCGCUUUAUUACUCUUCCUAUCCGCUGGAUGGGCGAGCAUAUGUUCAAUCUGCUCCCACCCCGGGUUCGAUUCCUCUAAACCCUAUUUACAACAGCUCUGAGUUGGGUAUGGCCUACAGUGUUACAGCAAUUCCGCAGGUGUGGGAGAGUGCGCUUCAUCAAUCUCAGCAGCAACAGGAAGAGGCAUUUAGGGUGGGAGUGCCAGCGGCGGAGGUUGGCCCGAGUCCUUGUUUUACAAGGCCUUACAGGUAUAAUAACAAUAUUAAUGUCAACUGCACCAGUAACAUUCAAAAUACUGGUAUGGUUCCUCGUACUGCAGUGGCCGGGAACGUCACGGGUUCGAGUCCCGGGCAGUUCUAUCAUUGCCAUUACCAGCAGCAGCCUUUGCCUUUCACAUCCACGGCAAGGGAGCAUCCCUCUCGAACGCUUCUUCUCCGUGCCGUUCCGCUGCCAAGCGAAUUAAGCAACGCAGAUUUAAGACAGCAAUUGGAAAGAUGGGGUCCCGUCCGGGCCCUGCAAACCGAUAAGAGGCAGCAAGGGUUCGUCACUGUGCAUUAUUAUGACUUGAGACAUGCCAAAACGGCUUUGUCCGAAAUCCAGGAGCAGCAUUUGACGGAACAAAUGAGACUGCGGCAGCACUAUACGAACCAGCUGUUUUUGCAAUCCCAGGGGGAGGAAGAAAUGGAAGCGGAUCAAACCCCGCCGCCGCCACCUCCUCCUCCGGCAGGUUUGUCCAGAGGCCUUAUCGGAGGGAAGGCAAUUUGGGCACAGUAUUCGCUUCCCGUUGGGCUUCCCCCUGGUCCAGACAGGCACAACCAGGGCACGCUCGUGGUCUUCAAUUUGGAUGCGGAUUUCGAUGUUGCCACUCUCAGAUCAAUCUUCGAGGCCUUCGGUGCCGUGAAGGAGCUCAGGGAGACGCCAGCUAAGCGGCAGCACAAGUUCGUAGAGUUUUUUGAUGUGCGGGACGCUGCGCGUGCGCUCCAACAGAUGGAUGGUCAGGAGAUUGGUGGGAAGCGUGUGAAGAUUGAAUUCAGCCGACCCGGCGGCCAAACCAGAAGACGUUCUCCGCCUCCACCGCCACCUCCAUUCAAUAUGAAUAUGAAUAUGAAUAGACCCAUUGUCCGCACCUCUCCUCCGCCGCCGCCGCCACCACCACCAACCCGAACCAGAGCCAAUACCAUCAACCAGCAGCACCAUCUCCCCGCAUUUCUCCACCAUCCACGUCAGCAAGGGUCUUACACCCGCUGGAGCAAUGCCAAUGAGGGCGAUUCCACGUGGCAGCAUACAAUCCCCGACCGGGCUGGUCAGUUCAUUAAUGGCAGGGGUAGGGGGAGAGGCGGUGGCGCCAUUGGUGGCGCUGGGAGAGGUAGUGCCAGCUCCAAGAAUAAUAACAUUCUCCAGAACAUCAACAACUGCAAUGGUGGUGGUGGUGGCGGUGGCGGUGGUUUUUUCAUGAGGAGAAGGAGAGGAGGAAUUGGCGGUCAACAAGUCCGGUCUUCCUCCUCUUGUGAGGCAGCAGGCAAUGGCAUAGGUGUUGGUGGUGCAACUGCAGAUGCAUCUUCCAAGAAUGGCAAUCAUAAUAACAAUGAUAAUAACAACAACGCCAGUUCAAGAUUAUACAGCAGUGAGGCUGGUUCGAAUUUCGCGUUUGACGAGGCCAAAGCAGAGUCCAAUUCCAGCGAUGCCAGAACCACCGUCAUGAUUAAAAACAUACCCAAUAAGUACAGUCAACAGAUGCUUCUAUCGAUGCUGGAUCAGCACUGCAUGAGCUGCAACGAGCCAAUCACGGACCCCAACGAGCCGUUAUCUGCAUAUGACUUUGUAUACUUGCCCAUCGAUUUCAAAAACAAGUGCAACCUGGGAUAUGCAUUCGUAAACAUGACGACGUCCAAAGCCACCUGGAAACUGUACAAGGCGUUUCACAUGCAGCCUUGGGAGGCAUUCAAUUCCCGUAAGAUCUGUGAAGUCACUUACGCUCGAGUUCAGGGUCGAGUCGCACUGGAGGAGCAUUUCAGGAACUCCAAGUUUGCCUGUGACACUGACGAGUACCUGCCGCUUGUAUUCUCGCCGCCGCGUAAUGGCGAGCAGCUCACGGCGCCUCUGGUCAUGGGAGGCCACAUUGCUCCCCAUAAAACGGCUGCCGCGUCUACCACCACUCAUGUUGAAGAUGGCUGGGAUUUAAACGUUUCUUCGCCUGUUACAAGUGCUGCCGCUGAGCCCUACUCCACCACUUCUAAGUCGUACGAUUAUCGAAACAGCAGUCAUCCCAGGGGUUAUGGUGGCCAUGAUACGCACAGCAUCCCUCGCCGCCUUCAGCAGCAGCAAUCCAGCAGCAGCGGUAGUUGUAGCACCAGCAGGAUUGGAUGCGCAUAACAUAUGUAUACAUAUGAAGUGCUCAUGCUUUUAUGAAAACCUCAUUUGGUUUACUGUAAUCUCAUUUGUUAUUAUUUUUCAGACAUCCUUCUUUCUUUGGCAUUCGUGAGAAAUAUAGGGAAAAAAAGGAAGGAAGAAAGAAGCAAGAAAACACAACAAAACGAAAAGGCCAUUGUAUUUCACAAAAAUCGGUGCAAUUCAUCUUUUUUGAAUCUCU